AUGGAGUUUCCUAGCUCCUUUCAAGCAGCGGGCGCUCAUGAUAGCCCUCAUGAAGAUCAUGAGGCACGCCGCCCGUCGAACCCAUCCUCAACAGCCUCCCCAGCUUCUCACCGUAGCCCGCAAAAUACCAUUACUUCUCCUCACCAACCGGCCAUUAAUAUUCGCUCUUGCAUCACCUGCCGAAAGCGAAAAGUAAAAUGCGACAAACGCCAGCCUUGCUCCAAUUGUACCAAACAACAUAUUCCAUGCAUCUUCCCGUCUCCUGGUCGCGCUCCAAGACGGCCCCGCCAUCCGCCUCAUGGGGAACUCUUGGCGCGGCUGCGGCGACUCGAGGGAGUCGUGCAGACCAUGGGAGGCGCCCAGCCCGAAGUCAAUGGAAAGACUGAGGAAAAGCAAGAUGACGAAAAGUCUCCUCUCAAAUCCGAAACCGGUGUAGAUAUUGCCAAUCCCGAGCUGGAUGAAUUGACCCUUCCCAAAAUCUAUCGCAUUCCAGGUCUUAAGCCAGAGAACUCAACAGCUGGUGUCGAGCGAGAGUUUGGUCGCCUCAUGAUUAUUGAAGAUGGCAGGAGUCAAUACGUGAGCAACAGCUUCUGGGCAAACCUGAAUGACGAAGUUCAAAGCCUUCAAGGUAUUCUUGAACAAGAUUCAGAAGACGAAGAAGACUAUUCAACCCCCGAUACCAAUCCAAGUAUUUCAAUUCACAAUCAUCAAGGCUUCUUGUUCGAAUACAGCUCACUAGCAACAAAUCUUCGCAAAUUUCAUCCCACACCGGAUCAAUAUGAUAAGAUGUGGGAUUUAUACACUACGAACAUCGAUCCGCUUCUAAAAGUUCUGCACAAGCCUAGUGCCGCAAAGCAGAUUCGGCAAUGGAGAGAUAAUCUAGACAAUGUCCCCAAAGGAAUGGAGGCGUUACUCUUCGCCAUAUAUUAUGCCGUUACGACGAGUCUGACGCCCGAAGAGACUGUGCUGCUGUUCAAAGAAGAAAAGUCAACUUUGUUAGAACGAUAUCGGUUUGGCUGCGAACAAGGUCUUGCUCGGGCUGGCUUUCUCGAUACGCAAGAGAUGAUCACACUCCAAGCCUUCGUCAUCUUCCUAGUGUCGGUGAGACGGCACGACGAUAGUCGGUUUGUAUGGUCGCUUACUGGUCUGGCGAUCCGAAUCGCUCAAUCCCUGGGACUGCACAGAGACGGCACGAAUUUCAACUUGUCGCCAUUCGAGAUUGAUCAAAGACGAAGGUUGUGGUGGCAAGUUGUGCUGUUGGACAUUCGCUCCUCCGAGGACUAUGGGACGGAUCCAAGUGUUGUAGAGCAGGCGUUUGAUACGCUUCUUCCAUAUAACGUCAACGAUUCUGAGCUUGAUCCGGAUAUGAAGGACCCGCCAACGCCCCAUCAAGGCUGUACAGAAAUGACGUUUUGCCUGAUUCGAUUUGAAGUAACGACCACCCUUCGCAGACUCCAGUAUAUCCCGCCGGGUCCGAGCACAUGUCAUUACCGGGCAAUGACUGCCACGCUUCAAGAAAAGGAAAAAUGGAUCGAGGAGUGUCAUGAAUAUUUGGAGGAAAAGUAUUUGAAGUACUGUAAUAUGAACGACCCACUUGACUGGGUCAACGCGACGGUGGCACGGUUAAUCAUGGCCAAGAUGUGGCUGAUUGUUUAUCAUCCACUUCAGCGGAGCCCUGACGGACCAAAAUUGCCAGAUGAUACACGCGAUCGAUUAUUCGUCACGAGUGUGGAAAUCAUCGAAUACAGUCGACUGUUGGAGACGGAGCGGCGUACGUUCAAAUGGGGUUGGUUGUUCCGCACAUAUGUGCAAUGGCAUGCCCUGGCUUUUGUCUUGUCUGAGCUGUGCAAUCGAACCGAGGGUGAAUUGGUGGACCGAGCAUGGCGGGCGAUUGAGAGUGUCUUUGACGCAUGGGGCGAAUUUGUCGUGGAGACCAAAAGGGGCAUGCUCUGGCGCCCGAUCCGCAAAUUGGUUCAGAGAGCAAGAGCUGUGCGAAGUCAAACCGAGUGUGCUCGUUCUGUAGAAGCGGCUGCUGCUGCGACGGCUCCGAUCAUGGCAAGUCCGUCCACCACGAAUAAUACUGCAGACUGGGUAUCAACCACACCACUUACCACAACAAAUUCGCGGCAUUCAAUUCCGAGCGCUUCUUCUUUGGCCGCUUCACCACUAGAAACGCCCGGGACGACGUCGGCCACGCAAAAUAUCAAUCCUAAUGCUAGAUACGGCUACACCGGUGGUAGUUUCGGCGUUCUUCCGGCGUCUGGAAUAUUUGCUGGCGGUGCUGCUCAACAGUCAUUCCUUCCAUUAACAUCAAGUCCCAUUACAUCAAGUCCGAUGACGACGAGUCCUGCUGCGUCGAGGGCGCCACAGCUAUCACCGCAACAGCAGCAGCAGCAACAAUCAUACCAUGUAGCACAACAGUCUUUGCCUCAUCAACAACAACAACAACAAAACUUUGCGACCGAUUUCAAUAGUGUUUGGUCCUCGCCACAGGAUCUAAGCAAUGCCCCUGGUACGGCCAUGCUUGACUCCUCCUUGGACGAGCCUGUCGAUUGGGAGAAUCUGGAUGCCUUGAUGAGGGAUUUUCAGAAUAACGCCAAUCCUGGCAUGACUGUGUUUGAGCCCAUGGAGUGGUGGUGA